AUGGAGCACCCUCUGUCAGUAUCCUCGGCGGGCACACAGGAUGUGGGACUGCCUGAAUUGCCCUAUUCGCUGCGCACUCGAAAAAGGAACAUCUUCAUGUUCUGGAGUGUCGCAUUGCUCAGCUCCUGUCUAGUACCGCUCGUCCUCUUUUACGCGCUUUACUUUGAUACCGACUUGGAAGAAUGGAUCAUCUUCACCCUCACAACCUGCCUGGUAGGCGUCUUGGACGUCGCGCCAACGUUGAUUAUCCGUGCAUAUAAAUUGGUCAGAAAGGACCCGUUCUCGCGCCCACUCGGAGCCAACAGGUGGUCGCUCGACUUUUUCAUGUAUAACUUCACCCUGGGCUUCUUCUUCGUCAUCGCAGCCUUGAUUGCCGGCACCGCUCCACACAACCCCAUCAUUCGUCUUGUGGCCAUGCCGGCCUCCGUCUUCCUCUAUUAUCACGGCAUUCAGAUGACCUUGUUCAAUCUACUUCAUCUCGGACAUGUCAAGGCUCCUUUUCGCAUCUCCUCGGUUCCUCGCGGUCAACGGAUUCCCCCUCCUGUCUAUACCUUGAUAGAAGACGUCGUUGGCACGGACGGCGCUGGCGGUCAUCCAUAUCGUGAAGCUCUGCGUCUGCGAUUCGAUGCAUCGCCUAUUUUCCGAAGAAUGCUGGUCAAUCUUGGAUUCUUCUGGUCUAUCCCGUCGUUGAUCAUUGCCGCGGCGCUCACCGCAAUCAUAUGGACUGUUCCGAGACCGGUCGGAUAUGGACUCGGAUGGGGAGUCCCUUUUACCUUUGCCGCCAUAUGGUCAAUCAUUACGACGAGAUGGGUUCAACGUAUUCUCAAAGAAGAAAAAGAGACUUGGGGCAAAGAAAACGCCGUGCAAACUGGGUAA